ACAACCCAGCUCAACCCUAGUCUCAAGCCUAACCCCAGCUUCAUGUCCACAGCCCGACUCAACCCUAACCCCAGCUUCAUGUCCACAGCCCGGCUCAACCCUAGCCUCAACCCUAACCCCAGCUUCAUGUCCACAGCCCAGCUCAACCACAACCAUAACUCUAGGGUUAUGUCCACAUCCCAGCUCAACCACAACCAUAACUCUAGGGUUAUGUCCAGAUCACAGUUCAACCACAACCAUAACUCUAGGGUUAUGUCCACAUCCCAGCUCAACCACAACCAUAACUCUAGGGUUAUGUCGCUCUGGAUAAGAGCGUCUGCUAAAUGACUUAAAUGUAAAUGUAAAUGUCCAGAUCACAGCUCAACCACAACCAUAACUCUAGGGUUAUGUCCACAUCCCAGCUCAACCACAACCAUAACUCUAGGGUUAUGUCCAGAUCACAGUUCAACCACAACCAUAACUCUAGGGUUAUGUCCACAUCCCAGCUCAACCACAACCAUAACUCUAGGGUUAUGUCGCUCUGGAUAAGAGCGUCUGCUAAAUGACUUAAAUGUAAAUGUAAAUGUCCAGAUCACAGCUCAACCACAACCAUAACUCUAGGGUUAUGUCCAGAUCACAGUUCAACCCUAACCUCUGUUUUGCACGUGAACAAACGAGACAUUAGUAAAGAUAAAUGUUUUGCAUCUAAUAUUGUGUACAUGUGUAGAUAGUGUUGAGCGGUUCUCUGGACUAUGAGAAGGCCAGCAUGGUGAGUGUUCGUCUGGGCCUGGUCACCUCAUCAGGCCGUGCAGAGCAGACCUUCCAUAUCAGAGUGGUGGAUGAGAACAACACACCACAGUGUGAACCUCUGCUCCAGCUGCCUGGUAACACAACCUCACCUCAACCACUACACAUACAUUAAACACUGUUUACAAGGCUAUUACAUGUUUAUUACGAUGUUAUUGCUAUGUUAUAAGGUCAGUGUAUUGUCGAGGGACGUUGUGAUGAGUAGAUGGUCUGAUGAGUGUUUGUGUACAGGAGUUGAGGUUCAUGUCCCAGAGAACCUUCCUGUUCCUGUGACUCUCUACACUGUCCUGGCCUCCGACGCAGACCGCAAUGACACACUCUCUGUAAUAAACACACUACCUCCUCAUGACUUUCUGAUCUCAACUGUAUUACUGUACCAAGACAUUGCCUAAUCCUAUUCAGUGUAGGUUUAGACCGAGUGUUGAUACCCGUUCAGGUUUGUGGGUUUGUGUUGCAGUUCUCGAUCAGUCAGGUCUUGCCCAACUCCUCCAAAGGACAGUUCCACAUCAGUGGAGGUGGCAGCAUCAUCUCAAGCCACCCAUUUGAUUACCACACAGGACCAAGGGAGUUGAUGCUGUCUGUGGUUGUGAGAGACAAACAAGGGGCUAACUGUACUGGGACAGUCAGGAUCAAGGUGCUGAAAGUCUACAACCCUCCUCUGGAUCUGCUUCUUGUUUCCCAGAAUGUGUCCAUCUUUGAGAACCAAGGACCCGAGGAUAUUGUAGCUACUGUCAGAGCGAACCUCACCAUCCCUGAUGUACUCUACACUUUUGUGAAAGAUUAUCCCCAUUUCAAGAUUGGUAGAGAGGACGGUGUCAUCAGAACAGCCUAUAACCUGGACCUGGAGGUGGAGCGGGCCCUGGCCCACAGUGUUCUAUUGGUCAGAGCCUACAGCGUGGCAGUGGAACGCUCCGCUACCGCCACUGUCACGGUCAACGUUUUGGAUGUCAAUGAGUUCCCACCCUUCUGCUCCCCCUCAGUGUUUGUGCUGGAGGUGUCAGAGACCAUUGAGGUGGGCAGCAGCCUGGGCUCACUGACCUGUGUUGACAUUGACGUCAGUAACCAGAGUGUGUCUCUCACACUCGUCGAUAACAGAUUAUCACUGCUCAAAUUCCGCCUCAAAGACGGACAGCUCCAGGUUAACGACACACUGAACUACGACUCUGCCGAGAUGGCCACCAAUAACUUCCAGUAUGAGGCCACCAUCUUGGCUACGGACACAGGCACCCCUCCUCUCACAUCCCAGGUGCGUGUGCUGGUCAGUGUGACCCCAGUCAAUGAACAUGAUCCAGUGUUUCAGACGUUGUUCUUCAGUGUCCCAGAGGGCACCAGGCCUGGUACGGCAGUAGGGACGGUGGUGGCCAGAGACACAGACUGGCCCUUUGACAACAUCCGCUACUCAAUCACUACAGGAGACACCAUGUUCACUAUUGACCCUGAGGGAGGGGAGCUGUAUCUGGGCGGAGAGCUGGACUUUGAGGAGCAGCAGGUGUAUGUAGUGGGGGUUCAGGCUGAGGAUUAUGAGCAGGAUAUGGACCGUACCAACCGCAAGAGAAGAACAGUGGACAUCACCGUACAAGUGGAGAAUGUGAAUGAUAAUGCUCCAGUGUGUGACCCAAUCUCCUAUGAGUCCACCAUCUUCUCCACCUUCUCUAAUAAACUCCCCAUCCUCUCACUCAGCUGCGCUGAUGCAGACAGCGACAGACUAACAGCUACCAUCACUAACGGUGCUGCAGUGGACCGGUUUCUGAUGACCGGGUUGAGUCUCGUCUCCAAAAACGUGUUCUCCUACGUGGUGGAUGGGGUUUAUGACCGCACCAUGUUUGAAGUCACCAUCUCUGUGUCGGAUGGCAGGCAUCACACUGAGGCUGUGGCCUACAUCUACAUAGUUCCCUGGACCACUACUGUUCCUACUACUACUACUACUACUACUACACUACAGUAA